AGGGAGAAGGCGGGAGGAAGGAGGAGCCUAGAGAGAGAGAGACACACAGAGAGAGCGAGAGGCCUUCCUGACACAGCUCAAUGCGCAGGAGAGCUGCUGCUGACCAGGAAGGAGAGCGGCGCGGGGGAGCCAAGGAGGGCUGGCCUUUGUGGACCUGGACAUGACCUGACCUCACGGCUUCCCUCCGCUGGGAUCCAAACGCGGCUUUGGCUGAAGGCCGGCGAAGCGAGGGAGGAAGAGGAAGGGGUCUUCGAACGGCGCCGGUGGGUCCUUGGGGCAAGCCAGGGGGGCUGUAAGCCGCUUAUGUCGGGAGCGGGCAUGAGCGCCCAAGGAAGGCCGGAGGGAAGCAGCCGCCCCAGCAGAAGCAGCAGCAGCAGCUUUGAAUUGUGAUCCCCCCCCCCCCGCUCCCCGCCGCCUGCCCUUCUUGUGGGGGGAGAUGGGGAACUGCCUGAAAUCCCCGACCUCGGAUGACAUCUCCUUGCUGCACGAAUCCCAGUCGGACCGGGCCAGCUAUGGGGACGGGACGGAGCCGGAUCAAGAGCCGCCGCCGCCAUAUCAGGAACAAGUUCCAGUUCCAGUUUACCACCCGACUCCCAGCCAGACCCGGCUAGCGACCCAACUCACGGAAGAGGAACAAAUUAGGAUAGCCCAACGGAUAGGUCUUAUACAGCAUUUGCCGAAAGGAGUCUAUGAUCCAGGAAGAGAUGGUUCUGAGAAAAAAAUUAGAGAAUGCGUCAUCUGUAUGAUGGACUUUGUUUACGGGGAUCCUAUCAGAUUCCUGCCAUGCAUGCAUAUUUACCACCUGGACUGUAUAGAUGACUGGUUGAUGAGAUCUUUCACAUGUCCUUCCUGCAUGGAGCCCGUUGAUGCAGCACUAUUGUCAUCCUACGAAACUAACUGAGCCACAGCCUCUCUUGUGAUCGGUUGAGGAAAACAUCCGGCUUCCUGGGUCUUAUCCUUUGUCAUUCUGCCCAAAGAACCAGAGAUUAGGAAGUAAAAUCAUGCACAAUAAAAGCUUGUUUCCUAACAAUCGAAGAAAACAAUAUCCUGCAUAAUUGCAGGUAGUGGCAGAGGGAGGGAGGAGGAACUAUGUUUUAGGGAAUAUAGAAAUAAGUAGGAUGCUAUUUUUUGUAAAGCCUUGAUCCAGUGCUUAAAAUUAGUUUCACUCCUUAAGAAAGGUGUGUUAGCACACCUCUCCUGAGGAAUAGUACGGUGAGUGUUCCUGACACAGUUGUGUGGACUUAAACCACCGUGAAGUUCUUGUGCCCAAGCAUCAGUGAAAUGACUCAAGAGUGCUACUAGGAGAAGGGAGGGGUUUGAGAAAGGGAUGUUGAAGUAUCCUUUUUCCUAAAGAAAGUGGCAAUUCUUGCCUGGUUUGCGUCGCAGGUUUUCUGGUAUUUGGGUCAAUGCUCUACUUACAAAAAAAGAAAACCCCAACAACUAUAUUUUAUAACACUGGCACAAAAAUAGUUUUAAGCUUGUUUGCACAGUUCUUUUUUUAUCCAUGAGAAAUGGAAUCCAUUUUGCCUUAGGUCUUUUUAAAUAAUGUAUUCUUAUGUUUGGGCUGGCUCUAUGCUUGAAAACCAGUUUAUUUAUAACCUGUUAUAAAAGUGCUAUAUUUUGUUUGCAGUUGGGAUUAUGUGGUCUUCGAAAACAAUCUCCUAGUUUAUUAGCAAACGUGAGAUGCACUAUCUCUUUUCUAUGUGACAUUUUAAUGUGAGGGUAUUAAAAAUAUUAAUAGGCAAACAAGUGUUUAUCUUCCUAACUAUCUCUUUUGCUGCUUCCUUUCUGCCUAAAGAGUUUGCAGAGCUUAAAUAUGGAAAUUGAUUUUACAUUUGUCACGCUAAAAUGAAGCAUGGUGCAGAUGAAGACAAGGUAAAGAUUACCUAUCACAAACACACAAAAGUUUGUUUAGAACUUCCUUCCUUCAGCAAAAGUUAUCUUGAACCAUAUAAAAAAGGAUACUGCAUCUCUCAUUCUUGUAGUUCCUAGAUUCUCAAGACCGCACUGUAUCUCAGUCUCUGUAUUAAAUGUAUUUUUUGUAUUCUGCUGGCUGGUAUAGCAGUCUAUAAGGCAGAUGUGAAAAAACUAUAUUUUAUGUUUUGUACAAAAAUGCAAAAUUCAUAUUUGGCACUGCAUAGGAGCGAUUAAGAAAGCUAUCUGCAGCUGGUGAAGGCUGGUUCCAAGUAUUUACCUUUUUGAGACUAAGAAAAAAAAUACUUGAUACACAGUCAUACAAAGAAAGUGUAGUUGUAAAGAAAUAUUUUUUUAUCCACUUAGCAUGUGGGUUUUUGUCCUCUUCAAUGUUCUUUAAUGUAACUUUUAUACAUUUGACUUAAUGCCAAUACAUUGCGAGUAUUUUAGUUUAGCAUGAGAUGCAGGCUCUAGUUAACUGCAGUAUAUUGAGAAUUGUUUUUGGUUGAUUACAUGAUUCUUAGAAAUGUAUUUAAACAAACUACUCCAGAAGACUGUAUGCUUAACAGUAUAGAGCAAUGACAUGUCAAAUAAUUUCUACAAGAUUACUUAGUAGAAUGCAAAAACCUGUAUAAUGUCUUAUUUAUUAUCCUGCAGAAAUGGCACUGUGGAUUAUUAUUAUUCAAAUGCCUCAAUGCACAUUCCAAUGUGUACUCCAUUGUAUACACGCAGACCUUAUGAAAUCAUUUUGAUUGACAGGACAGAUUGAACAUGUUCUGAGGUAUUCCUAUAUACCUGGAAUAGGUCACUGAAUUGGAGUGAGACAGUUCGCCAUGAACUCCAGAUUAGAUCCACAGAGGUCUCAACAGACUGCAGAAGAAAAGAGCGUAAAGCAAGUAGUCUUAGGGUGAUUUACAUUUCUCAGUUCCCAACCUUUAAUUCUGUUGUUCUCAGUUGCAAGAAUUGAAUUUGAGAGAGAAAGAAAUGAAAUUGUGCAAUAUUUUCAUAGUAAACCAUACUAUCUUACCAUUCCAUGUGUUGUUUUCCAUAAAUGUUGAUGUCUCUCUUGUGAAGUAUUGCCAGACUUUUCUUUUGUUUUACCUUGGAUUGUUAAACUGGCAAAUGAAUAUUUUUAACCACC